AUGCGUAGCGUAUUCCCGGUACCGUUGAUAGACCUUCUCCUUGUCAACCGCCAGGUACACGACGAAGUGAAAGACUUACUGUAUAGCACCGUUCCAUUCACGGUCGAUGUCCGGAAAGAUGGGACCUUCAUGUGCGGCAGACGUCUUCUCGAACCAAGAAGGGCAGACGGGUCAUCUCACUAUGUAGUUGGAGAUGUGGACAAAAUAAAAGAAAGAUUCUUGAGGACGUUUGACUGGGCUGCGGUCAAAAACUACAACGUCGAUAUCCUGGUGGAGAAUUGGAAGGACGAUACCAAUCGCGGCUAUCACACCUUUCCGUGGGAUGAAGAGGUGGAGAUCUACGACAUCCGAGACUACAUCGGUGUGGUGAUAUCCGGCAUCCUCAGCAAAGCAUGCAACCUCUGCAGGCUCAACGUGCGGCUGGGCUUUUCGAAAUUCAUCUGGACCGAAGAGGAACUCUAUACCAAUAUCAGAACCCUGGUAGGACCUUUCAAACGUUUGCGCAACGUCAGACAGCCACGUUUCCUUGGCGUAUACGAAGGGACACCGCAGACCAACUUCAUGAUCAGCCUGCCAGUACCCGGUCAAGCCGCGACUUUCACGACGCCCACGAAUGGAUCGCCUCAUGGCCGACCUUCCACACCACUGUGUUCUGUUCCUCAGCUACCUAUCAGGGUACCCCUCUUCGUCUGUGCCCAGCCCGGAUUCGCCGAGUACCGCUCCAACUGGGAGCGCUGGAUUGCUUCUGCAUCCACCACUUCUCUCAUUUCUAAGCCACCGAUCCGUGCCAUGUUUACGGAACUCAAAGAGUUCUACACUCGACUGGCGGCUACGGUACCCGAUGUAACCGCACGCAACGGUCGUCACGCCUUCUUACAUCGAGCGAGGGUAGCUCGGGAACAAGAGAAUGUGGAAGCGUUUAGGCACUUAAGGAAUGAAUUGAUUGGUUACUGGGAAGCGUAUCUGGAGCAAGAGGAACGGAAGAAGGAUGACAUGAACCGAAGACUGAGCAGAAUGUUGGACGUUGAUGUUUAUCCGGCAUCUUGGGACGAGGACCAUGCUUGCAUCGUCGGCGCCAGCUCCCACGCAACCCGUUCGACAUCAGAUUCAAGCUCACAAUCGCCGAUUAUCGCUUCCGCAGAAUCAUGGCGCAACGCUGCAAAGCGCUCCCCACCAGAAAAGCUCCACUCGACGUAUCCUCCAUCAACGUCUCUAACCAUUCAGCAUCAAAGCCACUCCCAGCCUGGUAGCUCCAGGUGCAAUGCGGGCUCGAAUGCACAAGAUCCAGUCGUCAUUGACCUAGCAGACGAUGAUGACUACAUUGGCGAAAAGCAAAGAGCGGAAAACAUACGCCUUCAGACUGCAAUGCGGGAUGUAAUGCGAGUUGCCACCCAGUCCAGACAGCCACUGCAACCACAACCCACGUCACUUCACAGCCCGACUAGCUCGAUCGAUCAAUUGUCACCCAGAAACUCUCAAGCCACUCUCCAGCCCUCAAAGGACCAACAGCCUAUGGCACUGAAUCCCCAACUCCACCUCGAAGCCGCAAUGUCGCACCGCAGACAGAUUGAAAUGCAAGCACAUAGAGCCCGCGCUAUGCAGGAAGCAGCCGGCCGCCAGGCAAUGGCACAAGCCCAAGCCCUAGCUCAACGGAUGUCAGUUUCCGGGUAUCCACCCGUAACAAUGCAACCCCAGACUAUGCUGCAGAGCCAGUAUCCAGAUGUCGCUACUCAAGUUCCAGCGUCUGCGUCAUCCUCGGCAUCUUCUUCGUUCUCGUCAGGGAACGAGCUUCCACUGUCAGCGGCGAGGGAAACACCAGUGGAGGUCGCGUACAAUCAACAACAAUCACCGGAUCGCUGGAUAUGCUAUGACCAAUUUCCUAAUAAGCAGGUUAUUACAGACCAAAACAUGGAGCCGGCAGUGCAUGUAUACGAGACCUCGUCACAGAAGCGUCCUGCCCCUGACACUGAAGAGAUACAAGUACCAGACGGCAAGAGACAAAGGGUAGAUUCGGGCAUGGGCUGGGCAGACGAAGGAUACGGGACGCAGAGAGAGCUCGGCGAGGACGAAAACGAGGCUGUGGCUGUUGAUGUGCAGAUGGUGUACCAUCAGCAGGAUACUAACAGAGGGCAAUAUCGAGAAUGUGGAGCGCAGGUGAAGAGUGACUGGAAGGGGAAGGGGAAGGGGAAAGCGAGGGCGGAGGGCACGGAGAGUGUGUGCGUAGACUGA